GGGGGGGGGUUUAAGUGCUUGAAACAAGCCCUAUUAAAGGUUUCCAAAAUUUGACAGUAACAUUCACAAGAUUCUACCUCAUGCAAGUGUUUCUGUAUUGCAAGAGAGCUGAAGUGUCAGCUCACAGCCUGUGUACUGGUAAACUCUCUUAUCCUUCCCAAUAUACAACAACUAAAGUGCCUAAUAUGGUUCUCAUCUUUGUUAUUUGUUUGGUUAUCUUGUAGAAUGUUGAUGGGGUUAUUGAAAGUUUUAAGAUCAUGACAGAGGAGAAAUGUACCAAAAUUGCAAAAUAUGCAUUUGACUUUGCUGUGAAGCAUGGCCGAAAGAAAGUGACAGCUGUUCACAAGGCCAACAUCAUGAAACUUGGUGAUGGCUUGUUCUUGCGAUGUUGUGGCGAGGUCUCCAGGGACUACCCUGACAUUGAAUACAACUCUAUGAUUAUUGAUAACUGUUGUAUGCAGCUUGUUUCCAACCCUCAGCAGUUUGAUGUGAUGGUAAUGCCAAACUUGUAUGGCAAUAUAGUCAGCAACAUUGGCGCAUCUCUUGUAGGCGGACCAGGCAUCGUACCUGGUGAAAACAUAGGUGGAGAUUAUGCUGUGUUUGAAUCGGGCUCGCGUCACACAGGUCGGGACAUCGAAGGAAAGAACAUUUCAAAUCCUAUGAGCCUGCUGUUUGCCAGCACACUCAUGCUAGAACAUUUGGGAUGGAAUGCUUAUGGUGACCUAAUUCACAGUGCUAUCUUAAGAGUCGUGGAAAAAGGAGUGAAAACCGCCGAUGUUGGAGGCGAACAUUCCACUACAGAUUUCCUUGAAUGUUUAAAAGAAGAAAUCGGUCAGAUGGCUAGAGUUGGUGGAAUGGAGUAGAGUUGUUGUUUAUACUGCUGCUGAAUCCCGUAUGUUACCGCAAAUAUAUAAAACAUGGAAGUUGUUUUUAGAUUAAGCAACCUUUGCGAGUGCCAAGUGUUGUUUGCGCAUAGAAGAUAUUGUAAAAUAUAACAGAGAGAUUUGUAAAUUUACCAUUGUACGCAUUUUACUGAUUUCAAGUGGCAGUUUCGUGCGGUUUACUUGAUCACGACCUUCACAACAGCCACAAGAAGCCCUGAAUUUUAUACAGAGUUGAAAAGGUUCUCGCUUGUCGUUUGUUAGAACUCCUAUUCAAACUCAGUUGUAAAGAAUAAACUGUUAAGCUGAAAUAAUAAUAAAAAAAAAACGUUUAAACAUUAAACUUUGAUUACAUGCAGGUUAAUAGAAAAGAAGGAUGAUUUUAGACCUGAAAUGGUGUAUUUAGAGUCAGUCAUAACUUGGCUCCGAGCCUUAGGAAAAUAGACUAAAAGAAAUGA